AUGAUGUGGCAACUUACGCUUGGUUCUCAAGAAUUUCAAUUCAAAUGAAUAAGAUUUUCACCAUUUUCGAAACGGAGAAUGCAUUUCAGGAGGCCUCGACCUGAAGGCUCAGGAAGCAGCGCUGAGGUCAGGCCCAGACGUCGUCGUUGCGACGCCCGGCAGACUCAUCGACCACCUGCACAACUCCCCUUCUUUCAAUCUUUCACACAUCGAGGUUUGUCAGAACGCUGGAGGAAACUCCGCAAGGAUAACGUUUCCAAUCUUUUGGAACCGCUAAAGAGUUUUUCGAAAGAAGUUAAUAAAUAAGUAGGAGUAUCACCAUGAAUUUCAAGUCCUCUCGAAAAUUUAAAAAAAAAUUUCUGAUGGAGUUCAAUUUGUUGGUUCAACCUAACUCCUAUAUUCACUCUAGUAUCAAAUCUCAUCCUCAAAAAAAAGACAUUUUUCAAAUAAUUAAAAAAAAACAACUAAAGUCUAUCUCAUCACAGCCAGACAAAAUCUUGACCUUAUCCUCUCCAUCGUAAUCAGUGUUCUCUCUCCUUUAAGGUGUUGGUUCUGGACGAAGCUGACAGAAUGCUGGAAGAAGCCUUCCGGGAUCAGAUGAACGAGUUGAUCCGCUUGUGCUCUCCCAACAGACAGACACUUCUCUUCUCGGCCACCAUGACCGACCAGGUUCACCUCCUUUGAAAAAUAUGACGAUUAAAGCAGCGACAUCACUUUCUAUAUAAAUAUUCACAAAAAAAUGAGAAAAGCAGGAGAAAAAUAGCAAUCAAUAAUAAGCCGCAGAUCUUCAGAUCGAUGAGCUGAGCGCCAUGUCAUUGAAAAAGCCGGUGAAAAUUUUCAUUAAUGAAAACACGGACACGGCCUUGAAACUGAGGUGGGUUGAGAAGCGAAGAGUUAAUCUAGAAAAGGGAUCCUCAGACAAGAGUUCAUUCGAGUUCGAGCUGGCCGAGAGACGGACCGCGAGGCGAUCAUCGCCGCUCUUGUCACCCGCACUUUUCAGGUUUGCACCGAAUAUUUCCCAUAUUCCUUCUUUUCGUUGACCAUUCUUUCUUCAAAUAUCAAAACAACUUCAAGGAAAACGCGAUUGUCUUUGUACGGACCAAGAAAGAUUGCCAACGUAUGCAAAUAAUGCUGGGACUUCUAGGAAUCAAAGUGAGUUUUUUUUUUUCAGAUUUCUCCUUAUACAAACCAUUAAAUUUUUCACCGUUCAAUCCUUUUUUUUUCUCAUCCACACAAUGAAAAUUCAGGCAGAAACAAAAGCUGCUCCAAAGAUAAUUUUGAAAAAAAAAAUUGAAAAUCGUCAAAAAAAGAAGCGAAACGGCUCAAAGCUAAAAAUCGAAGCUGAAGUUUUCGCUAACUUUUAAGAAAAUAAUUGAAAUGGUUCAUGUGAAUUACUCAAAUUCCCAUAGAUAUUCUUGUAUUGUCAAAUGAUUAUGUUCGUAGUGAAAGACCUGUGGUUAAAAGAGGUCUUAAGACGAAAAAAAUAUGAAAGGUAUUCUCAUGUUUUUCCAGGUAGGUCAAAUGCAAUCGAGUUUGACUCAAACGCAACGUAUCGAGGCUCUAUCAAAGUUCAAGCACGGCGAGGUUUUUUAUAGUUUAUUUUUAUAGUUUUUUAUAUUUUUUAUAUUUUUAUAUUUCCUUCGUUCCCUGUUUUCGACUUUUGUUUUUCUCGUCUUAUUUUUACCGCCUCUGCAGCUCGACGUUCUUGUUUCGACGGACUUGGCCUCCCGAGGAUUGGAUAUUGAAGGCGUCCAAACGGUUUGGCACUUGAAAUUUCUUCCUUCUGAAGAUAGAAAAUAUGUCUAGGUGAUAAACAUGAGCAUGCCGAAAACCAUCAAGCAGUACAUCCACAGGGUCGGCCGGACGGCUCGUGCUGGCCGCGCUGGAAGGUCCCCGCCCUUUUUUGUUUCAAUAUCAUUCCAUUUGUUUUCAGGUCGAUUUCCCUAGUGGGAGAAGAUGACCGAAAACUUCUCAAAGAAAUCAUCAAUUCGAACUCGGACCGAAUCCUCAAGCAGAGACUUGUCGCAUCAGGUUUUCUAAUUUCAUCAAAAUGUUCUGUACCCCUUUUUUGAGAAAAUUUUUAAAAUUACAGUGACAGUAUGUUAAGAGAAGAAAUUGUUGGAAGGAACAAUGAAAAACACGGUUUUUUUUUUGAACAAGAUAGUUCUCAUUUUGGUGCUGUGAGGUCACGAAAAUUUCAUGUCUAACUCUUUCCAUUCCAGAAGUCAUUGAGGCUUAUCGCCGUCGGAUCGAUGAGCUAGAAGAGUCGAUCCAACAGAUUGAUCUCGAGGAGAAAACUGAAAGGUGAGGCUUCGACCGCCGAAAAACUAUAAAUUUGAUUCGAUUCAAGAGAGCUGCGUAUAGCUGAGUCUUCCAUGGCAAAGACUAAGGAACAACUCGAGUCGGGGACUUCUGAACGAGAGGGUCGCGUUUGGCUGUUGAAACAGUCGAAUUCCGGUGCCUCAGUCAUUUCAAACCUCAGUUGAACUUUUAUUCUUUCCAGAGAAAGAUCGUAAGCGAGAGGAGAAGCGUGUGUUGAAGAGUGAAGCUAAGAAAAAGAAGAAGGAAGAGAAAUCUGUAAGUUGCUGUGUAGAGAUGCGCCCUAUUUUUGCCUUUUGUAGAAGGAUGAGAUCGAAGUGGAGCACAUGGCUGCGUUCCAAGCGCGCGAGGCCAAACGCAGCCGACGCGGUCAGCACAAACGUCUGCGGGCUGUCGUCGAGAACAAAAUCUCGCACAAGGUUCUUUCCAGUCGCAUAUUUCUCAUUCAUUUGAGAGUUUUAUGAGGCAGGCAAGAAAUAGAAAGAAGAACAAAUCGCAGAAAAUAGAGUUAUUUUGAGCCAUUUUAAAGGAGUUAUUUUUUCUUUGCUACACAAUUUUUCAGUAUGCCUAGUAACUCCAGUGUGGACCCUAUACUGGCAACCUUAAGGGCUUUUGAAGGGUCUCCUCUAGGGACCACUACCAUCCCCUAUAGGGGCCCUAAGGCUCGCAAAAGUGGUCGCUAUAAGGGUUUUAUUUGUUUUUGCUCCCGAUAGAGGCUGUCUUUUUCCUUUACCCCUAUAGGAGCCGCUUGAGCUUUGGGGGCAGAGGGGUCAGACCCUAAGUCCCUUUAGGUGUUUUUUGCCCCUAACCCUUAUAGAGGCCACUUGAGCUUUCGGGACUAAGGGGUCAGACCCUAAAACCCUAUAGGGAUCACUAAAUUUUCUCCCCUUUGGGCACAACUUUUUAGUUCCCUAUAAAGUUGUUUUUCCCCGGACCCCUAUAGGGACCACUCCAGGUUCUGAGUUUCUUGCUGUCCGCUGUUGGACAUCUUUCCAAUCUUCAUAUUCCAAUUAUCAUUCGCAUUUUCCUUGAAUCAUACUUUCACUUCAAGAAACCGAUGAAAGCGACUGCUGCAGCGAAGGUGAAAGCGAACGCGUCGUUGCGAGACAUUCCGAUCGUCGGGGUUGGUGAAUCCGUUUUUUACCCUGACGAUGGACCCGUUGCAGAGAAAGAACAGUACGCCUCAGAAGAAAGCGGCCAAAAGCAGCUUCACAUCUGCUUUGGCUUCUGUGUCUCGCAAGUCUAUCAAGGCGGCUCGGCAUGGACCUGAAGACUCAGGUUUCCAAAAAGCCCGCGUCGCGCAUCGCCUCAAAACGAAAAAGAAGUAA